CGAAAUGGUUACUCGUGUGUACCUGUAGCUAUGGCAGAAGGUUUGGAUAUUAAGUUAAAUACUGCUGUCAAACAAAUCACUUAUGGCCCAAACGGCGUGGAAGUAUUAACUUCUAAUCCUCGAUCAAAUACAAGUGGAGUCUCAUACAAAGGCGAUGUUGUGCUCUGUACACUACCUUUGGGCGUGCUUAAGCAAUCCACCAACCCGAAGACUCAAUCGCUGCCAAACACUGUGCAAUUUUCGCCACCGUUGCCCGACUGGAAGGUAGCCGCCAUCGAACGUUUGGGUUUUGGUAACCUCAACAAGGUGGUGCUGUGCUUCGAUCGCAUUUUCUGGGAUCCCAACGGUAACCUGUUCGGUCAUAUCGGAAGUACCACGGCCAGUCGCGGAGAACUGUUCUUGUUCUGGAACCUGUACCGCGCGCCCGUCCUCUUGGCCUUGGUCGCCGGCGAGGCGGCCAGCGUMAUGGAAGAGGUAUCGGACGAAAUCAUUAUUUCCAGGUGCAUGUUGGUGUUGAGAGGGAUAUUCGGGACAGCAAACGUUCCAGACCCGAAGGAAACUGUCGUUUCACGCUGGAGAGCCGAUCCAUGGGCACGAGGAUCYUACUCGUUUGUGGCUGUAGGUGCCUCCGGAUCCGAUUACGACUUGCUAGCGGCUCCCGUUUCAUGUUCCAGAAGCACGGAACCCAAUACAAAUUCGAACCCGACUGACGGAAGCGAACGUCUCCAUUUUGCUGGUGAACAUACUAUACGUAAUUAUCCGGCCACAGUGCAUGGAGCUUUUCUUAGUGGUCUUCGUGAGGGCGGAAAGAUUUGUGACAAGUUUUUGGGAUGUCCGUACGCAGCGCCUACAUCAAAAUAAUUUCCACAUGGAGCCAUUUUUUACGUAUCUAUUUUUUUUUUUAUUAUAAACUUGCAAUUUAUGAUUUUUUUUUUUUAAUCAUAGUUUUGAUGUCAUAAACUUUUAUACUAAUACGGUAAUCAUAARAAUAAUAUGUCAUUUUUUUCAAUUCCAAUAAUUUUAGCACUUCAUUUAUGUUUACAUAAUAUAUUACUUAGAUAAGUUAAUACAUGGAAACGUUAUUCAAAGGUUACUCCAAGGUGUCUAAACUAUAUUUAAAUAUUUCUUACAACUAAUUAAACUACUAAACAUAAUAUUAAUAACUGUUC